CCGAACCGCACUAUGUCGUUCUUUAACUCAAUAGGGCGUACAAUGCAGCGCGCAGGACCGCGUGCACCUCGACGUUCGCCAACACCAACAUCCACAACCUUUCCGAACUCUAUUAGCUCCGAUUCCAUGCCUCCCCCAUCGCCAUCCUCGACAAACGGACAGAAACCUCUGUAUCUGUGCAGCCCCUUCGUUGAGGCUGCACUUGUCAAGGGUAACUUCAAGACGAUUGUCAUGCUACCGAAGUACGUAGACAUUACGGAAUGGGUGGCAGUGAAUAUGUUCGAUUUCUUCCAAAAUCUGAAUAUGUUCUACGGUGUGGUAUCAGAGUGCUGCACGAAAGCAUCGUGUCCUACAAUGACUGCGGGCCCUUCACUGAAUUACACGUGGAUCAAUCAAGACAGAAAGAGCGUCCAGCUCCCUGCGCCAACGUAUAUCGACUACGUGAUGACAUGGGUGCAGAACCUGCUAGACGACGAAGGCACUUUCCCCACUAAGUCUGGACACGAAUUUCCCUCAAGCUUCCCUUCAACAAUCAAGCACGUCUAUCGGCAACUAUUACGCGUGUUCGCACACAUUUACCAUGCGCAUUAUUCCGCGAUCCUUCAUCUGCGCUCCGAGCCGCAUUUCAACUCUCUCUUCGCCCACUUUUUGGCGUUUGGGCGGGAAUACGAGUUGCUGGAUGUCAAAGAUCUCAAAGGUGCAUCAGGUCAGCCGGCGGUUGGAAUCGGUGCGUUGUGGGAGCGGUGGAAGGAGAUGGGGAUCCUCGAGGGGUGAAAGCAGGGGAGAAGGAUGUGGAUCAGGGAACAAUACAUCUGCUGGGAACUAAGGGAGCUCGAUGACGCAGUGCUGUGGGAUAAAUCUUGCAACACGAUUGUACAAACAAGCAACAUAUCGAGGCUGCAACCUCGCGCGCAUCUUACAUUUUCUAUCUCUCUUUUGCAAACAAAAUAUACCCUCUUUAGCC